AUGGCCUUCCUCUGCUCCGAGGCGGCCUUUUUCAGUACCUUGCUCGUGGCGUACUUCCUUUACAUGGGCGAGAGCAGCAUUGGACCCUUUCCAGGAGAAGUGCUCAGCCUUCCGUUGGCCGUAUUGAACAGUAUCUUCCUGAUCAGUUCCAGCGGAACCAUCUGGUUUGCUGUGCGUGCUCACACGCGUGAUCAACGUGGUGCGUUCGCAUUCUGGAUGCUCAUCACGAUCGGUCUGGCCGUAUUGUUUCUCUGCGGAACCGCCUACGAGUGGUACGGCUUGAUAUUUCACGACGGCUUGACGAUUAGCCGUAACCUAUUUGGCACAACGUUCUUCACCUUGAUUGGAUUUCACGCCGGCCACGUUACCGUGGGCAUCAUCACGAUGAGUGUGUUGGUUUAUCAGAGUAACCACAGUCGACUUCCUGCCGAGAACGAUGCCCCAGAGCUAGUCUCUUGGUACUGGCAUCUGGUGGAUACGGCCUUUGUGGAGUCGAGCUUGUCAACUGAAGUGCAAGACGAACGACCGAUUGCUGAUCAAAGUAUCAGCAUGCCGAAGCCGACCUACUGGCCAAUGACCUUGGCCGCUGGGGCCGCGUUGGUAGCCUUUGGGCUGCCGACGAGUUUGGCGGUUUCGGUUGCAGGCUUGGUGAUUUUGAUCAUCUCGCUCGGGGGUUGGAUCUCGGAAUUGGCUCCCGGGGCCGGUGAGAUUGAAGAGCCACUGGAGCCGCCAGAAAAACGGGCCAAGCCCGUCGUCGUGUCGAAACGCAAAGUUGCGGAAGCCGGUGUCGGAAUGCCAGGACAUCGAAUGCACUUCCCAGAGAAGGUGCAUCCUUAUUCUGCCGGGGCCAUUGGCGGGCUCUACGGUGGAUGUGUCAUGGCGGUUGUCGCAUUACUGUUCGGCCUUAUUAGUGGACGUGGGUUGUGGUACCCCAUCAACCUGCUCUCGGCGAUGAUCUUACCGGAAUACCACGAAGCGACUGUCGAAACGAUUAGUCAGUUCAGCUUUGUCAGUUUGAUCGUCGCCACGCUGAUUCACUUCACUACAUCGGUGCUGGUGGGUUUGUUUUUUGGAAUUCUGCUUCCCACGCUGCCCAAGUCGCCAAGGUUUUGGGGGGGCGUGGUCGCCCCGCUGCUGUGGUCCGGGGCGAUCUACGGAUUUAUGCACAUUCUUAACCCCGUGAUGAAUCGCUACGUCGAUUGGCCCUGGUUUGUCGCUUCGCAAUUCGCCUACGGCUUGAUCGUCGGAAACUAUGUCGUCAAAACCGAGAAGGUGACUGCGAAGCGAAUCGAAGCUUGUCAUGGGAAAGAUGGCAAUUUUGGUCCCGCACCGCCGCUCAACGACCCUCUUUUCCAGGCCAUCGUCUCGGACGAACAACUGAACGAGGUCAUCACCAACGGCCGGCCCAACACACCGAUGCCGGCCUUCGGACAAUCGAAAGACGGUCCUUUCACAGAAGAGCAAGUGAAAAUCGUCGUGAAGGGAAUUCGAGAACUCUGGGCCAAACCUGUGGACGAAAAGCCGGAAAAUCUGCCUGCGUACCAGGUCAGUGCGGAUGAUCCCGGUGGUCUUACCAAAGGUGACGCUGAACGCGGCAAGACGUUGUUUGCAACGGUCUGUGCCGACUGCCACGGCGAAGGAGGGCAGGGCGGUGAGGCGGGAGCCUUAAAUAGCCACGCGUUCGGUGAGUUGGCCAGCACCCAAUUCAUUCGCCGCAUUAUCAUCACGGGCCGCCCCGACUUGAAGAUGCCGAAUUUCAUGGAGAUGGUCCUGAACAUGAGUGAACACGACUCCCCCCGGAUGUCGUCCGAGCCUUCCGCCGCCCGGCGUGGACUAUUAAAGUGGGCCACGAUUGCGUUGAGCGCCCUGGCGGCCUCGGCCACGGGGAUUCCGAUCAUCGGUUUUCUGCUCAGCCCGCUGCGUCGCGAGAGCGACAAAUGGGUCGAUGCCGGUCCUGUCGACAAGUUCCCACAGGGUGAAACCCAGUUAGUCGACGUGCUCAACCCAUUGGGCCGCGCAACCGAUGGUGUGACCGAAAAACUGGCCGUCUAUGUGCGACACGUUACCGAUGGAAGCUUUCAAACGUUCGCCGUGAACUGCACGCACUUGGGAUGCCCCGUGAACUGGUUCCCGCAAGCGGGGCUGUUUAUGAGCGGAGAAUCCAUCGCAGUUGCGAAUCGGAAUAAACCAGAAAUGAAGUACCUGAAAAACACCAUUGCCUGGUUUGAGCACCGCCUGGAGUUGAAAGACUCCAUUUGGCCGGUGAUGCGGCAUCCCGUUCCCGCUUCGGUCGCUACCAGUAAGGGCUGGUGGUACGUCUUCGGUAGCAUGACGAUGACGUUCUUCAUGCUGCAAGUGGUCACGGGCAUUUGCCUUGCGAUGGUUUACGAGCCAACCGCUGAGGGAGCAUACGACAGCCUGCUCUACCUCAACUACGGAGUUCCGUUCGGCUGGGUGCUUCGAGCGAUUCACAACUGGUCGGCCACAGGCAUGGUAGUGAUGAUGCUCAUCCAUAUGGCCCAGGUAUUUCUUAUGGGGGCAUUCAAAUACCCUCGCGAGCUAACCUGGAUUGCCGGCGUGGGACUGUUCCUGCUGACUAUGUCGCUGGCUUUCUCCGGACAGGUUUUGCGGUUCGAUGCCUCGUCCUACUGGGGCGUCGGGGUACUGACCGCUGCUGCAGGGCGAGUGCCCUGGGCCGGGCCAUCCAUCGUUCACUUAAUGUUGGGCGGUGAGUUCAUCGGCGGUGAUACGGUAUCUCGCUUCUUCGCGUUGCAUGUCUUUGUCUUUCCGGCAUUGCUCAUUGCCGUGCUGAGCGUGCAUCUUUAUCUGGUCGUAAAACGAGGCAUCUCCGAACCGCCAGAGCCCGGGGUUCCGGUGGAUCCUGCUACGUACGACAAGAAGUACCACGAAAUGCUCAAGGGCGGGGUUCCGUUCAUCCCGCAUGCCCUUUAUCGCGAUGGGAUUGCUUGUGCCCUCGCCGUGCUGGUGGUGGUGAUCGUUUCCCUUGUCGUGGGUCCCAAGGGACCAGGAGAAAUACCCGAUCCCACGUUGAUUCAUGCCAACCCUCGACCCGACUGGUACUUCCUUUGGGUCUUCGCCAUGGCGGCGCUUUCGCCCCCACAAAUGGAAGCAUUCUUGAUGUUGGGCAUGCCCGUGCUGGGCAUCCUGGCGCUCAUUGCCGUUCCGUUUGUCGCGGGCCGAGGAGAACGCAGUGCAAAGCGACGCCCUGUGGCGGUUCUGUUCGUUACCGUCGCAUUCGUUUUGUUCACAAUUUUGGGCUGGUACGGGUACACAUCGCCCUGGUCGCCAGAAAUGUUCGCCUGGAGCGGCGAGCCCGUGCCCAAGCGCAUCGUCCAGAAGUUGACCCCGCUCGAACUGCAAGGGGCAACCGUCUUUCAGCUCAAAUGUUGCCGCAAUUGCCAUGCUUUAGACGGCAUCGGCGGACAACGCGGGCCCGACUUGACCGAUGUAGGAGUCCGACUCAACCCCGAUGCACUCGUCCGCCAAGUAGUGCAGGGCGGGGGAAACAUGCCCGCCUACGGUGAGAAGCUUAGCAGUGCAGAAGUCGACGCCCUGGUCGCUUUCCUGGUAAGCUUGCGUCCCGAAGGAGAGCCCCCGGCCCGGGUGCCUGCGGCACCGGCAAUUGCGAGCGAUUCGUUGUGA